UAGAGCGAUGGAUGGGUGGAUGGAUUGAGCUAGUAGCAACGCAUCCCGUGUUUUUAAUAGUCUAGUUGGUGCGUGUCCCACAUCACACAGCAGACUACACUGCCAAUCAACACAGGGGACGAGUGUGUGAACAGCAUCAAAAUUGCUGGUGGAACCACGGAUCGGAGGAAAAAAGAGAGAUACAUAUACUAGCAGUCAUUUCAGUACAUCAAGAUCAGAUGAUGAUGCUCUCGUUCUAUUUCCCUUCCUCUGUGUUCUAACAACAUUACCAUCACUGCAGCACUAGUGCAAGCAUCAGCAUCACCACUCGGCUGUGUGUGCUCAUUAUGAAUUGGUUCGCUUCAUCAAUCCCGAUGACAGCACUUUGGUUCUUGUGAGUAUUUAUAAUCGUGAAGAAUCAGCCCAGAUGAAUAAGCAUAAGAUGUCAAGUCCUACCAAGCAAACAGCUAGUAGAAGACUGCCUCCUCUUCCAUCACAUAAACGUGGUCAGGCUCCAACCAGUAGUCCACAUAGCAAAGGACAUUCUGUAUAUUUAGGACCAAGCAACCAAAAGGCAGAUGGAAAGUAUGCGCAUGUUCAAGGACAUUAUGGUUAUGGUCUUUCUCGCCCAAACCAGGAACGCAUGGUAGUAACAGGUCAGUCCUCAACUCUGAGUAAUGGCACAUCUACAUCUAGUCGUCAUCGUGGCAUACCCUUGCAUCAUUCAUUCAGUGAAUCUAAUGACAUACCAGAUCACCUUCUUCAUGAGCAAGUACGCAGUUACUUAAAUGAGAAUCCUGCAUUUCUUGAGGACUAUAUAUUGAGUCGUGUUGAUUAUGAUACAUUGGAGAGGUGGACUAAUCAAGUCAGAUUACACAAACACAAAGUAACCUACAGUAGAACAUUGUCCAGAGAGAACUCGGGCAAGAGUUGCUCAAGCCAUGGCACAGGUCCCCCAACACCAAAGCUUCACCACUGGAAGAAAGGUGUUCAUCAUCGCGACAGAAAAAAGUUAGUGCAUGAGUUAACCCAAGAUUUACAGCAUUAUGCCAGCCGUGUUCGGAUUCUGCAUGAAAUGGCUGAAUGUAUUGCAUCUCAAAUACAGGCUGAUGGGUUUACUCUCUACCUUGUCACCCAAAAUGCAACGGAACUGUAUGAAUACAAUCCGGAACAUGAUGGACAGGAACCUAGUGUGACGUGGCCAAUUGGUAUAGGCAAAUCUUUAGCAGGCUAUGUGGCUCAUUCUGCACUCUCCAUCAAUACUUCAGAGAUGUAUACGACUGAAUACCCAGAGGGUAUUGUAGCAGACAACGUAGCUGCAUCUGCUGUACUUGCACUCCCAAUACUGCAAGCCAAUGACGAUGUAAUAGGGGUGAUGGAGUUUUAUCGCGACAGUGAUCAUGGUAAAGAAGCAUUCUCUGAAGAUUCACAAGAGACGGCCAGUGCCUUCAUUGUAUGGGCAAAUAUUGCUGUUCACUUUGCUCAGAUGUAUGUUACAAUGAGCAAGCAGAGGAAACUAAAUGACUUCCUAUUGACUGUAACCAAGUCUAUUUUUCAAGAUAUUAUCAGCAUGGAUACUGUUAUCAUGAAGAUAAUGAACUUUGCACAGAAGCUUGUAUCAGCGGAUCGGGCAUCCCUCUUUCUUGUUGAGAAUAAAACCAGAGAGUUGUAUGCAAGGAUAUUUGAUGUUGGUAAUGGUGUAGGAAUGCAGGUAGUUGAAAACCAACAGAAAGAGAUCAGAUUUUCCAUGGAUAAAGGCGUUGCUGGUCAUGUUGCAUCCACUGGACAGGUGCUUAAUAUUCCUGAUGCUUACCUCGAUGAUCGUUUCAACAGGGAGGUUGAUCAACAGACGGGCUAUGUAACAAAGACCAUUUUGUGUAUGCCCAUUUACAACAGAGGAAAUGUCAUUGGUGUGGUACAGAUGGUGAAUAAAAAGCAAGGUCUUUUUACAAAAGUAGAUGAGCAGGCAUUUGAGACAUUUGCCGUUUUCUGUGGAUUAGCUCUUCAUCAUGCUAAGUUGUAUGACAAAAUUCAUCGAUCUGAGCAGAAACACAAAGUAGCAUUGGAAGUGUUGAGUUAUCAUAGCCAGUGUCACGAUGAAGACCUUGAGAAUCUUAAGAAGGUUGCAUUACCAGAUCCUAUGCCCCAACUUGCAAGAUAUGACUUUUCACCAUGGGGACUAGAUGAGGAGGCUAAACCACUCUAUGUGCUCUGUAUGUUUCAGGAUAUGUUCACACUCAGCGGUGAUAGUGACAACUUGUCAGAGAGGUUUGAGUAUGAGGAUUUAUGUCGGUUCAUAUUGACAGUACGCAAGAACUAUCGCAAGGUUCCAUAUCAUAAUUGGACACAUGCAUUCUCGGUUGCUCAUAGUGUGUAUACUAUCAUCAAGACAUGCCAAGAUCAGAUCUUCACCCCACUGGAGUGUUUGGCACUAUUUGUAGCGUGUUUGUGUCAUGAUCUGGAUCAUAGAGGCAAGAAUAAUUCAUUUAUGGUGAACAAUGCAACACCAUUGGCAGCAGUGUACUCUACCUCAACAAUGGAACAUCAUCACUUCAAUAUGACUAUCACAAUUCUGCAGAAUGAAGGACAUAAUAUUUUCAAGCAUCUUUCAUCAGAAGAAUACAAGCAGGUUUUGAGUGACGUUCGGCAGGCAAUAUUAGCAACUGACCUGGCUUUGUUCUUUGGUAACAAGGCUAAACUGAAGACGAUUGUGGAGGCAAACCAAUUUAAUUGGAACAACCAAGAACACAGAUCAUUUGUGAGAGCACUGACAAUGACUGCAUGUGACUUGGCGGCCAACACAAAGCCAUGGUUGAUUCAACAACAAACCGUUAAGGUUAUCUUUGACGAAUUUUAUCAACAGGGAGAUGAGGAAAAGGCCCAAGGGAGAAAUCCUAUUCCGAUGAUGGAUCGAGAGAAAGCACACCAACUGCCAACAAAUCAGGUAUCUUUUAUUGUUGGUAUCUGCCUUCCGUGUUAUGAUCUGUUAAGUGCACUCCUUCCAAGUGCAAAACCAAUGUAUGAUGGAGCAGCGAGGAAUUUACAGAAUUGGUCAGCCAUUGUUGCAAAACAAAAAGCAGAGGAGGAACAGAGUUUACUGAAAGAAGAGAGUGAGAAGGUGGAGGUUGACGCUCGGGUUCCUAAGACAUCACCAAGUACAUCUUCAUCGAUGGAAAAUAAAUCUAACACUAACAAAGAAAUGAUUCAAAGCAAAGAUACUCAAGGAAGAGGUCGAGCACACAGUGACAGCAGCACAGCCAGAAAGAAGCAAGAUAAUAAAUCAAUGGAUGGUGUUAAACAUGGAGUUGAUGUCAGUAGGAAAGAUGAAAAGUGAUAUGGUUAACUAAGCAGUUAAAGACUCUGGACACCUUUGGUAAUUGUCAAAGAUCAGUCUUCUCACUUGGUGUACAUGUAUCUCAA